GACUGUGAAUUCUCAUCAGCACUUUCGUUAUCUUAAUAAAAUUACUUCAAGUCUGUUAAGUUCUUUUGCAGAAAAAUAAGACAUAAUUGCAUGUUGCAUUAGCUUCUCCUUCCCCUGAGCCCCAAAAGAGCUCAUCCCCUGGGUCUCACUUCCAUGACCAUUGGUGAAAUCCACAUCAAGAGGCUAAGGGAUCUUCUCCAGGAGCCAGGACCAGCUCCUGGGGUGGCUGUAAUAAUUGGCUCCACCUUAAAAUCAAGGUGGAUGCCGCACCCUCUAGUAACCGAAGUUGAUAGCAACAUCGCUUGUGCUGGACCUCGAGGGAACAGUUGCUGCUGUAGAGAUCCUUAGAUCCUUCCUUUGCUCUUCAGUCGCUGCCUGCCUGAUACCUUGCAAAGAUCCUGGCCUCCAAGCACAUGAAUUCUGGAAGUGUUGCAGAGAACGAGAAUGUGCAGCUGCAGGAUAGGAAUGAGAGACCGUACCUUCUCGGAGACCUGCAGGAGAGAAUGGGGAAGCUGGCUGGCUCCAAAACAGAUCUGUCGGCCAGAAUGAUCUUCAGUGAAGAGGAAAAACUGAAGAUUUCCAAAGACCUCGUUGAUCUCCAGAUCGAGACAAACAAAAUGAAGGAGCAGUAUGAGACAGAGAACUUUGAACUGAAAAAUAUGAUCCUGGCCCUGGAGAACCGUGUGCUGGAGCUGGAGCUCUGCAGUGAGAAAGUCACUGGGGAGCGAGAUGCCUUACGGGAACGCCUGCAUGCUCUGGAGACCAGUCGGAAGGAGCUGGCAGAUGAGUACAUCAUUUUGAAAAGCAAUUACCUGGCCCUAGGCAAAGAACUGGACCAGGAGGUCAUGAAGAAUGAAGAGCUCAGCCAAGAGCUGCUCAACCUGGCCAAUGCCAGGAGCACCCUUCCCCACACAGAGAGCAACCGCUCCCCCGCCGUGGCCAAUGAAUCCUCUGCUGAGCUGGAAAAAGUGAGAGCAAUGGUGCAUCGUCUCUCUGCUCGGAAGGUGAAGCCAGAAGAUGCAGUUGCCUCUGAAUGUGAGCAGCAAAAGCUAGAGAGAAACUUGCCUGGAAACCAGGCUCACAUAAAAGUGGAGCUUGAAAAACUGAAGAAAACCUAUGAUUCGCAGCAGCAGAAGCUGGAAGAGAGAGUGAUCGCAAUGGGGAAGGAGCUGCAGGAGGCAAAGGGAGCAAUUGGAGACACCCAGCACAAGCUGGCGGAGCAGUCAGCGGUGCUGCUCACGUCCCAGAGCCAGCUCCAAGAGGUGGAGGCAGAGAACUCCCUGCUGCAGCUCCGGCUGAAGGAGCUGAAUGAGGAAUACCGCUCCCGGCUCACACAGUAUAUCAAGGAUGUGGCGGACUACAUGGACAGCAAAUCCAGCAACGUAAUGGGGCCUAGCAAAGCCCCAGCUGAUCGUGCUCCUAUGAAACGCUUUGUGGACAGCAUGCUGAAGGACAUCAGGGCUUCCUACAAGUCUCGGGAAGAGCAGCUAGCUAGAGCAGCACGUGGCUACAAGAAACGCAUGAAAAACUUGGUCAAGAAGCAUGAGAACCUGCUGAUCGCUUACGGGCUCCAGCGAGAACAGAUCCGGUCCUUGGGCAGCAGUGCUAUGGAUUGUGGCCCUGCCGAGCUCCACUUUUCCAUCACAGACCCAGAGCUGCUGACAAACACAACCCGGGAGCUAAACCGGCUGCGGGAAGAUAAAGCAAAACUGGAGAUGCAGCUACAUGAACUGCAGAAGGUGGUGGCUGGGCUGGUGGCUUUCUGCGGCGGUGAAAUGGAGGUGAAAAGACUGAAAGAAACCUCUGCCUUUCCGCUGUCUCCUGAGCAGCAGCUGGAUGAGGAGGGCUGGGCAGAGGUCAGGAAGCAGCUCCGGGAGUUUGCACACACCACCCAGAAGGAUUUGGAGCAUGAGAGAAGCCAGCUGCUGACUCGGGCAAUCGUGGCAGAAGAGCAGGUGUCGGAGCUGCAGGAAUACAUAGAUAAGCAUCUUGCAAGGUACAAGCAGGAGAUCCUCCGGCUGACGAAGCUUGCUGGCAGCGAGGUACCACGCACGCUCAGUGCUGGGGCGGCCGAUAUUCACUCGCUGCCCAGAGCCAGAAGGACUGUCAGCCACAAACCAUAG